AUGCCAGAGGACAUCCAACACCCCGAGCCAACACAUACACCAGCCCCAACAUACAGCGAAGCCCCAGAAGUCGUCACCCCAAACCAUCAAACCCAAGGCCCAAUCAGCCCAAUUAACACCGGACAAUCCCUCCCAUCCACCCUACACACAAGCUCCACACCAACACCAAUGAACGGGCCCUCAGAAAAACAAUACCCCCACCAACCCGACUCGAUCGGCCAAGCACCAGCAUACGACGCGUCGACAGUAAUGACUACUCCCCCCGAGAAAGCGUACCCGGGCCAGCCCCUGCCCCAAUAUCCACAGGCGCAAGCGCAAGCACAAGCACAGCUCCAGGGUCACCCGCAGCAGUACUACACGCCUUCUGGCCAUCCCAGUGGUUAUGCCACGGUUGUACCGCUGCACUGUGUACAAUCUGCACCGUGUCCGGUUGAUUGUCCUGUUUGUGGAGAGCGGGAGAUGACUAGUGUUGAGUCUGUUAGUGGUGGGACUACGCAUGGCUGGGCUGCUGUUCUCUGCUUCUGUUGCUGUCUCGGAUGUGUCCCUUACUUGAUGUCCUCGCUUAAGGAUGUCGAGCAUUCUUGUGGGAAGUGUGGUGCUAAGCUUGCGAAAUGGCAUAAUAGUGGCCGUGUAAAUGUUUUGCAGAAUGGGGCGAGGAAGUGA